UGCUCUCCCUCAAAGUGUGUAGUUAAUUUCUGUGGUUUACACCAGCUCAAAGUGCAAAGUUCACCCCCUUUAUAGAGACAGGAUUGUCAGUUUCUUCAUCCUGACAGACUUCCAGUUUGAAGGUAACCCACACCGAGAGCCAUGCCGGACCUGUCACUGGCCAUCUCCAAAUCCUUGAACAAAACCACACCUGGGAUUCAAAUAUGGCGAAUUGAGAAAAUGCUGAUGGUUCCUGUGCCCCUAAGAUCCUAUGGCAAUUUCUACGAAGGCGAUUGUUACAUCCUGUUUGCAACUCAUAAAGCCGGCAGCUCCUUCACUUACGACAUCCACUUCUGGAUUGGCCAAGGCUCCUCACAGGAUGAGCAGGGGGCAGCUGCGAUCUACACUACUCAGAUGGAUGAUUACCUGGGAGGCAAGGCUGUACAGCACCGGGAGGUACAAAGAUACGAGUCAGAGAUCUUCAAGGGCUAUUUCAAGAAGGGGUUCAUUUACAAAUGCGGGGGUGUUGCUACUGGACUAAACCAUGUGGAGACUAAUUCCUAUGAUGUGAAGAGGCUGCUCCACGUGAAGGGCAAGAAAAAAGUGUACGCAGCUGAGGUUGAGAUGAGCUGGACGAGUUUUAACACAGGAGACAUUUUCCUGCUGGACCUGGGGAAAAUCAUAGUGCAGUGGAACGGGCCCCAGAGCAACCGCAUGGAGAGACUGAAGGCAAUGCAAUUGGCGAAGGAUAUCCGGGACCGAGAGCGAGGAGGCCGUGGCCAGGUUGGUGUGGUGGAUGGAAUGCAGGAAGCCGCAUCCCCACAGCUGAUGAAGCUCAUGUACUAUGUACUUGGGGAGAAGAGAGACAUAAAACCCCCGAUUCCAGAUGAGGUGGUGGAUCAGCACCAGAAGGCAGCUGUUAAGCUCUAUCGUGUGUCCGAUUCCGAGGGAAAACUGGUGGUGCAGGAAAUGGCAGCCCGCCCCCUGACCCAGGAUCUGCUGAACAGUGAUGAUUGCUACAUUGUGGACCAAGGUGGAAUUAAAAUCUUUGUAUGGAAAGGGAAAAGGUCCACGAAAGAGGAGCGUCAGUUAUCUCUGAGCAGAGCAUUGGGUUUCAUGAAAGCUAAAGGCUACCCUGACUCUGUGAACAUCGAGAUGGAGAAUGAUGGAGCGGAGUCUGCUGUAUUCAGGCAGCUCUUCCUCAACUGGACGACAAAAUAUCAAACCUUUGGCAUGGGCAAAGCUCACAGUGUUGGCAAAAUCGCCAAGGUGGAGCAGGUGAAGUUUGAUGCCAUGGAGAUGCAUGCCAGGCCUGACGUAGCAGCCCGUGAGAGGAUGGUGGACGAUGGCUCUGGUGAUGUGCAGGUAUGGAUCAUUGAGAAUCUGGAAUUGGCCCCAGUGGGGACAGACAUGUUCGGACAUUUUUACAGUGGAAACUGCUACCUGAUUCUAUACACCUACACUGUCUGUAACAGGAUCCACUAUCUCCUCUACAUCUGGCAGGGUUCUGAUGCCAGUCAGUCUGAUGUUACUGCCUCAGCCUAUCAAGCCGUUCACCUUGAUCAGAGCUACAAUGGAGAACCUGUUCAGGUCCGAGUGACGAUGGGGAAAGAGCCACGUCACCUGAUGGCCAUCUUCAAAGGCAAACUCAUUGUUUUUGAGGGGAAUGCCUCCACGGAUAAUAGCCAUGAGAGCAAGGCCUCUGUCCGCCUCUUUCAGAUUCGUGGUGAGAGAGAGUACAAUACCAAGGCCUUUGAAGUCCCAGCACGUUCUUCCUCCCUUAACUCCAAUGAUGUCUUUGUGUUAAAAACGAGCGAACGCUGCCUCCUAUGGUAUGGGAAGGGAUGCUGCGGUGAUGAGAGAGAAAUGGCUAAGAAUGUGGCUGAUGCUAUCUCCAGGGGGGACAAGCAGAACGUGUGUGAGGGCCAUGAACCAGCUGAGUUCUGGGUAUCCCUUGGAGGGAAAGCGCCAUACGCCAACAGCAAAAGUUUACAAAAGGAAAAUGAGACUGUCGUCCCUCGCCUGUUUGAAUGCUCCAACCAGACUGGGCGUUUCAUUGCCUCGGAGAUCGUGGACUUCACUCAGGAUGACCUUGAUGAUGAAGAUGUUAUGCUUUUGGACACCUGGGAACAGAUUUUCCUGUGGAUCGGCAAUGGGGCCAAUGAAAGGGAGAAGAAGGAUUCUAUUGUCCUAGCACAGGAGUACCUCAACACCCAUCCAGCCACCCGUGACCCUGCCACUCCAAUAGUGAUUGUCAAGCAAGGUUUUGAGCCCCCAACGUUCACUGGCUGGUUCAUGGCCUGGGACCAACAUCUGUGCAAUGAUAGAAAAAAUGAAGAUUUGAACGUGGAGUUUGAUUCUCAAGCUGUUGAAGAGCUGAUCACAGAUAUGAAGACUAUCCAAAUUUCUCUGAGUUACAAUAAUGCAUCAUCAGCUAAAGAACCUCUCCAGACCUACCCAGCAGAGCAACUGAUUAAUAAGUCGGGUGAGGAACUGCCUCAAGGAGUGGAUCCUACACGGAAGGAGGAGUACCUUUCAAAUGAAGAUUUCCUGAUCGUUUUCAAUAUUUCAAGAACGAAAUUUAAUGCAAUGCCAGAGUGGAAACAGAGGAACCUGAAGAAAGAAAAGGGUUUGUUUUAGGGAGACAAACAAUAAAGCAGCUCUUUUUUUUUAAAAAAACACUAUUAAUUCCAAACAGUGUUUGACUUGAGGGCAUCAAAAUCUGUUUGGAAAGAGCCAUUGACUUUUAUUUAAUACAUACCCUGAGACAAAUCAGUAAAUGCUUGUUUAGGUUGCUGUGUGAGAAUGUGGAUCAGCUGAUUUCUUCUUUCGCCUCCAUUGCUGAAUUACUGUAAACUUCUUUGUUCCUGAACUAGCUUUGUAUCUCAGUUGAGAUGUGACAACUGCAGUUCCAAAAUCAGGAAGCUCUGUAGCGAUAUCUACUGCAGAAACUCCAUUCGUUACAGGUAGAACUGUUUCUCAGCUGUACAGGGAAGAACAAAACUUUUUGGGGGGCAGAUUAGGGACACAAUAGAAAUUGCUUUUGGUUCUUUAAAGUUUGUUCAUUUAAAUUCUGCAUAAUCUUCCAUUCUGGAUGAACUGAGACACAUCUUAAAAUUCAGGCCUUGACUUGAACUGCUGUGGAACAUCUUUUAGAAAGAGGCUGUUUUUGCCGGUAUGUGCUAAAAUAGCACUUACUUUGAUUGUCAUUACUGACAAAAUGUCACUUGCUUCUCCAUUUUCCCCCUAUCUUUCCCUCUGGUGAUGUGGGUGUUAAUUCAUUUCAACUUCCAAAUGUGCACGAGAUGUAUUCACGUGAGUUGUCCACAAAUAAAAAUUAAAUGAU